ACCACAGUGACUCAUCAAGCAAGCACCUUCUCCAGUCGUCAUUAUGGAACCCACAGUCUGACUGCCUUGUCAUUUCUAUGUUGUUGCACAAAAAGUAUGUUUUUCCAUUAAAGCGUCUGCAAUCCCCCCCCCCAUCCCCCUACCCCCUUUAUCACACACCGUCCUCCUCACAUGUCCUUUUGUUUGCCGUCAUGCAACAUUGAGAGACGUCCAAACUCAACGUUUCGUUCCGUGAGAGGGAAAUGAACAUUAUUACCAAACCGUUUAAGUUCCCUCACUUCACGUUUAUCAGGCGAAGGUCAAACUGAGAAGGGCCUGAUUCUUCAGGGACAGUUCACGGUUGCUUCAAAGCGUGUUUCUAAGCCAGCACUUGUCCGUUCUGUCGGGGUGUCAUCUGUGUUUAUACACUCCUCUGCCUCCUUUUUCUCUGCCCUCUUUUCCUCUCUCUCUCUCUCUCUCUCUCUCUCUCUCUCUCUCUCUCUCUCUCUCUCGCUCUCUCUCUCUCUCACUCCCCCCCCCUCUCUCUCUCCGUCUCCCAUCUUUUUGAACUCUCAUUCUCGCAGACAGACACACACAAGCACUCAAAGAGAAUGGACUAGAGAAAAAAACUGGCUUUAUCAUCCAGAGGAUUUUUUCCCUUUUUUUCCUCCACCAUAAUUUUCACUUUUUUUUCACUCACUUUGCUUCAAGCUUUAUUCUCUUUAAUCACCUCUUUCCGCAUCUUUUUUUCUCUCUCCAUCACUUCCACCCUCUCGCCCCCUCUGAAUUGAUCUACCUAUUGAUUUAUUUGUUGUUCCAUUUUGUUUUUUUCAUUCGCAAAAUUUCAUGUCCUACCACUCACAUUUAUUUUGCAUUUUGGUGACCUAAAUUUUGCAAUUCAUCAACUCGACUUCUUCCAUUUAUUGAAAUACAAGAGCCACAUUAUUGAAAAUACUUUUAGAAAAAUAGAAGAUAGGGGGGCUAAGAAGAAUUAAGCUGACUGCAAAAUAACUUAAUAAUUUGGUGUGUGUGGGACUGUGUGUGGUGUGUGAGCUACAGAGAGGCACAGCAAUAGACAGAUGCAUAGCAAAGUGAAGCAAACCACACAACUCAUUUCCUCGUUCAUCUCCUUUUUUUAUAUUUCCACUUUUUUCCUGAAGGAGAUUUAAUGGCUCUCCUCUUCAUUACAUGAAGAUAAUGGGAAGUGGGACUUUUGAGCAACCGUCACCAUGAUAAAGGCACUCUGGAUUUAGCUGUUUUCCUGUGGAAUUACCCUUUAAAUCCUGGAUUUGAUUCCAAAUGCAAAAAAUAAGUAACAAUUAUUAAAAACUGUUAAAUUUGGGACUCUUUUUUUUUUUUUUUUUAAACUUCCUUUUUGUAAUGGACUGAAGCUGAUUUCAAUAUUUCUUUUUCAACUAUUGAAUCUUAAUGGGAUUUCACUAACGCGGAUUAAAGACUCAAGCAACAUCUUUGUCUAUUAGUUGAUUUAAUAGCCACGAUUCUUACAAUUUCUACAGCCUACAAAAUCGAUUAAAUUCAGUGUUUUUUAAUGUUAAGGGUUAAAUAGACUGGCGGACGUCAGAAAAACAAGCAACGGCAAACAUCUCUUCGGAGGAGCGAAGGGGAGAACAGAAGUGAAGCUGCUCCUGUGGAGUACAAUUACCUCGAAAUUGCUGCUUUACCCUCUUGACCUGUCGCGGAUUUUACCUAAAACUGCUUUGAGCCUCCCUCAGUCUGAGGCUAUGAGAGGGAGAGAGGAGUCCCAGGCCGCACCAUCAUGCUACUUCUGAGACGCUGGGAUGAGACUUUGGCUGGCAAAACACAAGGUAUUACUCUCCCACUCCUCCACCAUGCCUGUCCGCGGCUGCCGCAGCCCCUCCCCGCCUCGCGGCCAAGCCGGGGCCUCUCCCCCUGCCCCCUCGGUCACCCAGGAGCAAGAGAGGCGAGUCCGACCCCUACAUCCACCCCCACCCCCGUCACUCCACCGCCGCACCAGCGCCUCUCUCUGCCUCUCCCUCCUUCUCCUGCUGCUUUGCCUUCUCCACCUGCCCCCGGCCUGCCACUCACGGAGAGAGAAGGGCGGGGGAGGCGGUGGCGGCCACUACAUCCCCAUCCCCCAGCCCCCUCCCCACCACAUGGCGUUGCCCAACAUCCUGCGUGGCCUCAGCAUCGCCGUUGUCCUUGUGGGCAACUCAAGCGAGAUGGCACUGACCGGGGUUCGGGAGAAGGAGGACUUCCUCCACAUGGCGCCCAACGUGGAGGUGCUGACCAUGAAUGAGACGGACCCUAAAAGCAUCAUCAAGAGCAUCUGUGACCUAAUGACAGAGCACUGGCUGCAGGGCGUGGUGUUUGGGGAUGACACCGACCAGGAGGCCAUCGCCCAAAUCCUUGACUUCAUUUCCGCCCAGACCCACAUCCCCAUCCUCGGAGUCCGUGGGGGCUCCUCCAUGAUCAUGGCUGCCAAGGAUGACAACUCCAUGUUCUUUCAAUUUGGCCCUUCCAUCGAGCAGCAGGCUUCGGUCAUACUAAACAUCAUGGAGGAAUACGACUGGUACAUCUUCUCCAUCGUCACCACGUACUACCCUGGUUACCAGGACUUUGUCACCAAGAUCCGUAGCACCAUCGAGAACAGCUUUGUGGGCUGGGAACUGGAGGAAGUUAUACUACUUGACAUGUCCGUAGAUGACGGAGAUUCAAAGAUCCAAAACCAGCUGAAGAAGCUCCAGAGCCCCGUCAUUCUUCUCUACUGCACAAAGGAAGAGGCCAACACCAUCUUCGAGGUGGCCCACUCCGUUGGGAUCACUGGCUAUGGCUAUACAUGGAUAGUGCCCUCGCUGGUAGCUGGAGACACUGUUGUAGUGCCUGCCGAGUUCCCCACAGGUCUGCUCUCUGUGUCCUACGAUGAGUGGGACUAUAACCUUGAGGCCCGCGUUCGCGAUGGCGUGGCGAUCAUCACUAUGGCGACCUCCACCAUGAUGAUGGACCGUGGACCUCACACCCUGCUGAAGUCUGAGUGCCACGGAGCUCCUGACAAGAAGACUCCCAUCUCAGGCAACCCCAACGAAGUGCUCAGGUACCUGAUGAAUGUGACGUUUGAGGGGCGUAAUCUGUCGUUCAGCGAGGACGGAUACCAGAUGCACCCCAAGCUGGUCAUCAUUCUGCUCAACAAGGAGAGACAGUGGGACAGGGUGGGUAAAUGGGAGAAUGGUUCCCUGUCCAUGAAGUACCAUGUGUGGCCUCGCUAUGAACUAUAUGGGGGGGCAGCAACCAGGGAGGAUGACCACCUGUCCAUCGUGACAUUGGAGGAGGCUCCGUUCGUCAUUGUGGAAGACGUGGAUCCGCUGAGCGGGACCUGUAUGAGGAACACCGUACCCUGCCGGAAACAGAUCAAAACACUUAAUCAGACGAAGGACUCUGGGAUCUACAUAAAGCGUUGCUGUAAGGGUUUCUGCAUCGACAUCCUGAAGAAGAUCGCCAAGCAGGUCAAGUUCACCUACGACCUUUACCUGGUCACCAACGGCAAACAUGGCAAGAAGAUCAAUGGAACAUGGAAUGGCAUGGUGGGAGAGGUGGUGUUAAAAAACGCCCACAUGGCCGUUGGCUCCUUAACCAUCAACGAGGAAAGGUCAGAGGUCAUCGACUUUUCCGUCCCCUUCAUUGAGACGGGCAUCAGCGUCAUGGUCUCCCGUAGCAACGGCACCGUUUCGCCCUCAGCCUUCUUAGAGCCCUUCAGUGCGGAUGUGUGGGUGAUGAUGUUCGUGAUGCUGUUGCUGGUGUCAGCAAUGGCUGUGUUUAUAUUCGAGUACUUCAGCCCUGUGGGCUACAACCGCUGUCUGGCUGACGGCAAAGAGCCUCACGGUCCGUCUUUCACCAUCGGUAAGGCCAUCUGGCUGCUGUGGGGUCUGGUCUUUAACAACUCCGUGCCGGUACAGAACCCCAAAGGCACCACCAGUAAGAUCAUGGUGUCGGUGUGGGCCUUCUUUGCUGUCAUCUUCCUGGCCUCCUACACUGCCAACCUGGCUGCUUUCAUGAUCCAGGAGGAAUAUGUGGACCAGGUAACUGGUCUCUCAGACAAAAAGUUCCAGAGUCCCAACGACUUCUCUCCUCCUUUUCGGUUCGGCACCGUCCCAAACGGGAGUACAGAGAGAAACAUCAGGAACAACUAUCCAGAAAUGCACUCCUACAUGACAAAGUUCCAUCAGAGAAACGUCAACGAGGCUCUGCAGAGCCUCAAGGCUGGCAAACUAGACGCUUUCAUUUAUGACGCGGCCGUACUGAACUACAUGGCUGGCAGGGACGAGGGUUGCAAGCUGGUGACCAUUGGCAGCGGCUACAUCUUCGCCACCACGGGGUACGGUAUCGCCAUCCAGAAGGAGUCGCUCUGGAAGAGGCAUGUGGACCUGGCCAUCCUGCAGCUCUUUGGAGACGGUGAGAUGGAGGAGCUGGAGUCCCUGUGGUUGACGGGGAUCUGCCACCACGAGAAGAACGAGGUGAUGUCCAGCCAGCUGGAUGUGGACAACAUGGCCGGUGUUUUCUACAUGCUUGGUGCUGCCAUGGCUCUGUCACUCAUCACCUUCAUCUGUGAACACUGGUUCUACUGGCAGCUGCGCUUCUGCUUCAUGGGUGUCUGCUCUGGCCAGCCCGGCUUCGUCUUCUCCAUCAGCAGGGGUAUCUACAGCUGUAUCCACGGGGUACAGAUUGAGGAGAAGAGCAGCUCAGCAUUGAACUCCCCAUCAGCCACCAUGAACAACACCCAUUCCAACAUCAUGCGCCUCCUACGCACCGCCAAGAACAUGGCCUCCCUGUCAGGGGUAAACGGCUCUCCACACAGCGCUCUGGACUUCAUUCGCCGUGAAUCCUCUGUUUAUGACAUCUCGGAACACCGGCGCAGCUUGGCGGGCCACUCAGACUGCAAGCCACCUUACCUGCCAGAAGACAACAUGUUCAGUGACUACAUCAGUGAGGUGGAGAGGACGUUUGGCAACAUCCACCUGAAGGACAGUAAUCUGUACCAGGACCACUACCUGCACCACCAUGGCUCGACACUAGGGCUCAGCGGACCUCCUCCCAACAGGCCCCAUAGUUUGGGCAGUGCUAGUUCUCUGGAGGGUGGCAUGUUCGACUGUGACAGCCUGGGUGGAGGGGUGGCCCCUAUUUUCACCACCCAGCCCUGCUCAGCACUGACCCACAGGAACAUGAGCAAGUUUGACCUGCUGUCUGGACAGACUCCUCCCCCAGGCCAGGGCUUUAAGGGAGGCCUGCCGGACCUGUACGGGAAGUUCUCCUUUAAGGGUGGUGCCUCGAGUUCCACAUACAUCCCUGGACAUAAUUACUGUGGAGGGAGAGGUGAUGAUGAUGGGAAUAUACGUUCAGAUGUCUCUGACAUUUCCACGCACACAGUAACUUAUGGAAACCUGGAGGGUAACGCCAAGAAGCGCAAACAAUACCGUGAUAGCCUGAAAAAGAGGCCGGCCUCUGCCAAGUCCAGACGGGAGCUGGAUGAAAUUGAGCUGGGUUACAGGAGGAAACCGUACCACAUCAGCCACCACCACUACCACGGCCACCGCUCUACCUCCCCACCACUUUUCCCCUCUGAACGUAAGAGAGGAGGAGGAGGUGGAGGAGGAAACAAUGAUGCGAACUAUCUCUUCAGAGAAAAGGAGAGCGUUAGGGAUUUUUAUUUGGACCAGUUUCGGCCCAAAGAGGGCGUCCCUCAGUGGGAACAUGUGGACCUGACAGAGGGCCCUGGGAACAGAGAUGGAGUAGUGGGGGCCUGCACCACCCUGGUUCCGGUGGAUGACUUUCUUAAGAGCAAACCCAAAAAGUCUGAUACAAAGAGCGGGGGAGGAUCUGGACUGGCAGGGGGAGAGUGGGAGUGCAGAAACUGUCGGGCUAGCGGGGGAGGAGGGGGCAAGCAGAUGUCCAUGCAUGGAGGAGGUGGUGGUGGGUAUGGUGGUGGUAUAAGCUGCGGGUCCUCGGGAGGCGGAGGAAACAGCCGCCCUAGCUCUGCGACCUGCAUGCGCUGCGAGGGCUGUAAAAAGACAGGAAACCUCUACGAUAUCAGCGAGGACAACAACCACCUCUUGGAACAGAUGGGGGGAGGGUCAAGUGGGGGAGGAGGAGGCGGCAUGGGUGCAGUCCCUCAGUCUCAACCUCAGGGCCAGCAGAGGAGGAAGGGUGGAGGAUUAGGCAAACCACUUAGGCGGCAGCACUCAUAUGACGCAUUUGUCGACCUUCAGAAAGAGGAGUCAGGUGGGAUGGGAAGUUUGAUGGGGGGUCUAGGAGGAGGUGGAGGCGUGAGCGGGGCAGGAAUGGGAGGGAUGCUGCCCCCACCCAGAAGUGUUAGCUUGAAGGAGAAAGAACGCUACAUGGAGGGCACCAGCCCCUUCGCACACAUAUUUGAGCGUCACGGGGGCUCGGAGAGAGAAAGGGAAAGAGACAGGGACCCAUUGUUUUACGGAGGUGAGGGCCGGAAAGGUUCCGGCUCACCAUUCGGCCUGUUCAGAGGCGGUGAGGGCCUCCACCGCCGAUCCAUCGGAGAAAGAGACAUGAGAGACAGGGAUAGGUCUUUGAUGGAAGGAGGAGGUGGGGGAGCGUUCUCUUUAUCCAAAUCUCUUUACCCUGACCGGGUAAACCAAAACCCCUUUAUACCCACCUUUGGUGACGACCAGUGUCUGAUGCACGGAGCCAAACAAUAUUACAUGAAAAAGCAACAGCAGCAGCAACAAGUUGCCAAAAACAGCCGAAGUGACUUCAGGAGCCAGAUGAGCACGGCGUCAUAUCUGCCAGCGUCCGCCACGGCCGGGGUGAUGUCCAACGUGGCCCCCCGGUUCCCGAAAGAGCUCAGCCUUGGUGGAAUGAACCACCAUGGCUCCAUGCUGGGGGUUGGCCCCCCGCGUCCCUUCAAUGGAAGCAAUGGCCAUGUGUAUGAGAAACUCUCCAGCAUUGAGUCUGACGUGUGAGAGAAAAAGGGGGAGGAGGAGCCGACAUUGGCAAGGGAGAAGGAGGGGAGGAAUAGAGGCACAUAGUGUUAGGAGAUCAGGGAUGAUUUUACAGACACUGUACACACACUGCAACCCUAGCCCAUAUUGGGAAAGCAAGAUGAGGUAAAAGAGGAGAGAGCUAGAGUAGGCAAAGACUGAAAGGUAGAGAUUGUGAAAUAGAAAGGGGAAAAGAAAUCUUGAUUUUUGCAAGAAAAUCUGGGUAAAAAAAUCAGGACACCCUGAGGAGGUGUGGGAUUUUAACCCUCUCUCAGAAAUGGCCAAAGCUAUUCUACUUUUGUGUCCAAACACAGUCAAUUAACAUUCCCCCUCAACAUCACAAAUGCACUCCAACUCCAAGUCCAUCAUUUCAUCCACCAGUGAGGCAGAAGUCAAUGUACUUGGUUAUUAUCGCAAAGAGGUGACACCUCAUCUUAGUUCGAUAUUGGACAUGUGAGCCUGGUGCGAUUUGAUGGCUGUCUGAGAGCUCCCGCUGAGCUCUUAUGAAGAAAGACUGCGAGAGUGGAGAGAGGAGCGAACUGCCCAUCUGCCCCUGUGUCACCGCAGAAAAGGAGACAUUGUCACGUUUACACAGGAGAUGACUAGUGCUUCUUUCUCUCCCUCUCUCUCUCUCUCUCUCUAUCUCUCUCUCUCUGGAAGGAGACAGCCUGGCCUGUCCAUCUCUCUCCGUCCUGCACUCGUCCCUAUCUUCUGUUCUCCCCCUCUCUCCUCUUUCUCUCAGCCCCCGCUACUCCUCCUCAUCCCUAAUGCCAAAAGAGCUGAUCUUGUUUGCUAUGAGAAAUACAAUCAUGAAUGAUAAUAAGAUAUUCUUAUAGAAAAAAACAGGGUAUAAGAACAACAAUAAUAUUGAUAACGUUGUGAAUAACAAAGAUGUUAGUGCUGAUUAUGAUAACACUGCUUAUAAUAUCACUAAGUUUUUCUUGCUUUAUUUUCUGUUGGUAUAAUAUUUCACUACUGUUUUAGUAUCUGUAGUUGUAUCCUGCCUGCCCCUGGUGGCAGCAGGAAGGUUGUUUUUAGUUCAACAAACAAGCCAGAAAGACUGAGUCCUUAACUCCUGUUUUUUCUGUUUUCUGUAGAAUAUUUUACUCCAUGCUCAUACAUUUAUUUGCUUCCUUGUGGAAAAACUGGAUCUCGAAGACACAUUUAGAGCUGAAAGAUCCUUAUUUGAUGUUUCAAGACAUUACAAAUCAAGUGUACACACACGCGCACACACGAAAACACAGUUUUUUUGUCGGCCUGAACUUGUGCUACUGUGAACAAUACGUUCCGUCAGAAGCCGAAGAUACUGAGAGGAAGGACGUGCCUUAAUGGUCUCCAGUGGAUGUGUCCUCCAGUUCGCAUGCGGCCCUCACGCCGCAGCAGCACCGGGACGGACCGGCAUGCUUCAAGGCUGCUCGGUGUUCUCUUCACGUUUAUGAGCCAAAAAUGCAGUAAAAAUUUACAGCAGGCUCGAGACGCUGCUGCUGCUGCUGGUUUAGAUACAAGAAUGCCGUCGCAGAUGUUUUAUAACUUCGUAAAAAUUAUUUCAUAUGUCAAGUAUGGGCAGUGCUUUAUGAAGCUGUUGUAUUCAGGAUGUCCCACUGUCACGGAUAGACGUCUCACUUCACAACACGGCAGCCUUUAGACCACUUCUUUCAUUCAGGUUACAUGAUAACAGUCACCAGGCACUUACUUCUUUUUCGGCCUCUCACUAGUAUCUCCCAGAAGGCAUUACUUUUCACUCACGGUCUGAGAGGCGCACACAGAAAGCUUUGUUUGUACAUUGUGUAUGAUUAAUAUUAUGCACUGUCGUUUAUGUAGGCGAAAUGCUACAAAAUGUGUAGGAGAAGUGUUGUUGCCGCAUGACAAUGAUAAAAGCUUGAGCUGAGGAGGAUGUCUAUUUGAGAGAGGCCUCUUAAACACUGACUGAGGUGUCAGGAAGGCGGCCAUCUUGCGAAAGCUUUUUCCGGGCUUUUUCCUUUGACCGAUGUAGAUAGUCUUUUUAGCUGGAGAGGCCUCAUUUAUUGCACAGGACCUUUUACUCAGUGUAGGUUCAGGCACUCAGUAGACAUGCCUUAUCGUCCCAUCACCCCCUCCCCACCCCCGAGCUGUCUGAUGAUGACUCAUCAUUUUACUGUACAGAAUAAAGAAGCCUCUUUUAGUUAUUUAAAGGUUUGAUCUUAGAUUAGAUGUCAGAAGUUCAAGGGCUGCGGGAGAUUGUGCAGGAGUGCUGGCCUGAGAUUGGAGCUGCUGGAGUGUGUAGAGUGUAAUCUUUGUCAUUGCGGACUUCUAUCUUAUACCCUAAUCUAAAUGCACCUGUGUAAUAGGUUGGCGUGCGUGCGUGUGUGUGUGUGGAGGGAAGCAAGCAAAUCAUGUCUGAAUGAUAACAGCUGUUUGUUUUUUUUUCCUAACACUAACCUGCUGAUAACUAUUCAACAGCCUCUCCUCAUCCCUCGCUCCACAGAUAACAGCGUUAAAGUGAGACUGAUCGAGUUAGCCUUAAAUCAAACAGAUUCAACCACGCCCCCCCCCCCCCCACCCACCCACACACGACUCUCCUAAUAAAUAGAUUGGGAUCUCUGGAAUUUUUAUACGCACACAUUUUGAAAGUUCAGGUCAACCAUUAUCAGCACGGUGGUAGAAGAAGGAGACGGGAAAACGGGGAAUGACGAGGAAAUAAGAACGAGCAGAAGAAUGACUUUGGAGUGGGCAUCAAUCAGUGUCAGCAUUUGUAUGUUCAAUCUUUUCCUUGUAAAUAAUAUAUUUAAAACUCUUUUCACUUUGUACAGUAAACAGACAGACAGGAUGUAACUUUCAAAAUGUUUUACAGCAAUUUAAGAAAUAAACAAAACAAUAAUAAAAACUCAUAAAAACUAAAAAAAACACAUGAACAAAAAUAUGCAAAAUAUAGUUAAGACACAAAUAUUACUAAUCAUAAGUGAUAUAAUUGAACCUCUUUUUCUUUAAAUCUCAUGUUUACUUAAUUAUGAUAGUUUACCAAUCAGUAUACUGAUUAUGUUAAGAAUUAUGCUUUUUCAUAUUUUCACUAAAGUGUUGGAAAUCGAGGAUAAUUUACUGUAGGUGUAGACGUUUGGUGAUUAAAGGGGAAAGUUUAGUUUUAGGAGUCUUUGCUAAGUUUCCCUUGAAUUGUGUUAGAUUCUCUCUUUUUAAGGUAAGCUCUUCUUCAUGCUUUUUGAGAUAAAUUCAAUUAUCUACACAUUUAUGUAAUACAAUAUUACAUGUAUACAUAGAUGAUAUUUGCAUAUAGAGGCAGUAUAUUGUGAUCCUUCAUUUUUAAGCAGCAAUCCUUGUUAAAAACUUACAAGAUAUUUGUGUUUUUGUUGCCCGUUUUUUUGACCUGGGCUCUAAUGGUGAUUGCACACAGAAUUUAGAGCCAUCGUUGGCCCCGGCCUAUCCUGUUCCCGCUCUGUGUUUGGGAUAGACAUCACUGUGGUAAAGGAAGAUAUAUAUAUAUAUAUAUGAUAUAUAUGUACACACACAAAUCUGCGCUGGACAUUUCUCAGUGUUGAUGUUUUGUUAAUAUUGCUGAGGAUUUCUGCACAAAAUUGUGGAAAACCAAGAACAAGUGUAGUUCAUCUAAUUGAGAAUCCAUUUGAAGCUGAAAUGCAUUUGUGCAACCCCUUAUUAAAAGGUGCAACAAUUCUUCUGUCAUGUCUCAUUUUAUGUUGCCUUUUGCUUCAGGGGAAUCAGCCGUUGCUAUAUUUUAGCUCACAUAUUACUAAACCGCGUUAUUUGACAGCUGAAAACACUUAAAUGCUUUGGAUUCUAAUUUAUUCUGUGCAACUUUGUGCACUGCUUGUUUCUCCGUAUGAGACGGGAAAUAUAAUUUGUAAUUUGUUGUGUACAUAUGCAAUUCUGUCCCCAUGCAGUCAGAAAUUAUUUCCCCUGCUCUUCUUCUGUAUGGUACUGAUUCCAAUAAGUCUCUAUAAUCUUCUCCCCAGCCCUGAGAGAAGAAAUUCAUCUCUCUUCUGUUUUUCUCCUCAACUGCUAUCAUGUCUACUGGAUUGAUUGAAAAGUGAAAAAUGUAUCCGUGUGCACGUAAACUCCGUUAGGUUUGCAUAUUUUUCUUACAAGCCACCAGGUUUUUUUUUUUGGGUUUUUUUUUCCUCAUUUGCAAUAAACAGCAUGACCAAACAGAAAAUGCUCUUACUGUACACUGUAUGUGCCAAUACAUCAGUUCCUGUUGUUUUUUAAUGCAUUGGAAGGCGAGCUAUAAGGCCGGUUUACAGCUGCUGGUUGUGAAGUCAAGGUGCACUGUGGUAAACAUGCUAUCAUCAGGCUUUUACCACCUCCAGCUGCUCUGCUCUGCAGCCAGCGUGUGCAGGUCAGGCAGUGAUGCAGAGUAAGCAUGGCUCGUCAGAAGUCUUUAUUUCCCUUACGGCCAAAUUGGUCCCAGCCUCACUUCUCUGCACACGAGCAUGCCACAACACAUUUGGUCAAAUGCUUCAUGUAGAGCAAAACACUGUGUCACAUUUUUUACAACACAAGAAAAAAUGGCUGUGGCAAGUUAGCACGCAGGAACAUCCUGAAGGUGGAGGAUGUAAAUAUCACCUCAGCUGACGUGUGUUUUUCUGUCAGGAAUACUGACACAUGGGACCAAAUAACAGCACGACGUGGUCAGCUACAGGGAUCGAUGCACCUGUUAAACUGACUUGUGAAAAUGUCAUUUUUGCUUUUUGUUUUGUUUUGUUUUGGAGGGAAGAUAUUAGAUAUGUUUGUUUCACAUCAAUGUCUCUAACAUAUUAAGUUGAACUGCUUAAUCACGCUGGGUUUUUUUUAUUAUCAAUGAGUCACGCAGAUAGAAAGAAUUAUACUGUGAUAUUAUAUGAUUGAUUUGUUGUGAAGCUCCAUGUAAUUUAGCUGCUUAUAAUUUCCCAAAUCACCCUGAUUCAUUGCAGAACUUGUUUACUAAUAUUUCAAAGUUCUCUCUGUGUGCGUGUAUAACUAUGUAUUGAUAUUGCUUUAUAUUGAUGCAUACAAACUUUUCUAUUAAAUUGUGUACAGUUUUGUUUGUUUGUUAAUAUUGCUAUUUUUCAUCACCAUCAUCCAUACUUGAGAAUGGCUUGCUUUACCUGAAUGAAAAGUGAUGACAAUAUGACAUAAGGGGUUGCUACUAAAUGUAUUUCACAAGGUGAACAGGUUAAUGAAAACACACAUCGUCACUGAUUAAAUUUACUGUGGGUUGACAAAAAUGUAACAUAUGAAUAGCAUCAAUUGUAUACAUAAUGAUAUACAUAAUAUUAUUCUUGGCCAUUCUUUUCUCUUUUUGUGGCCCUUUUCUUUGAAAUAAUCCCCAAAUUUUUACACCAUACGAACAGAAAACGUCACAAAAACAAAUAAUUGUACAGGUUGUGUAAAUACUGAAUAUUUGGGGGAAAACAUUUACCUUCUUUUUUUUGUAUGGAAACGGAUCAAAGUAAUCUCAAUAACAAAAUUAACCACGUCAUGACAAAACUGCAAAAAAACAUCAUUAAGGUACUUCUAAUAAGGAUAAUACUGAUAUCUACAAUUAUAAGUGCUUAAAUAAGACUAUUCUUUCUCUUUGUACAUGAUGAACAAAAUGAAGUGUUGAGUAUUAAUAAUAAAAAACUCUAAGUUUCA